AUGCGCAGUCUGAGCGUUGUGGGUGGAGAGGAUUUUUCUGUUUAUUUUCGUGGCCAGUUAAACGUGUAGUAAUUAUAUUAUAGGUUCACUUUGUAUUGUAUUUAGAACAACAGAUAAACGGGUUGCUAACCCACAGCUUACAAAUCUCCCUGAGGUUGCCACCAAGGAGCAACAUGUCAAUCACAAACACUCCCACAAGUAAUGAUGCCUGUCUGAGCAUCGUGCAUAGCCUGAUGUGCCACCGACAAGGAGGGGAGAGUGAAACCUUUGCUAAGCGAGCUAUCGAGAGUCUUGUCAAGAAGCUGAAGGAAAAGAAAGAUGAGCUGGAUUCCCUCAUCACAGCAAUCACCACCAAUGGAGCUCAUCCUAGCAAGUGUGUCACCAUUCAGAGAACCUUGGAUGGACGCUUACAGGUUGCAGGGCGCAAAGGGUUUCCCCAUGUUAUCUAUGCCCGACUCUGGCGAUGGCCUGAUCUACACAAGAAUGAGCUAAAACAUGUAAAAUAUUGCCAGUAUGCCUUUGACUUGAAAUGUGACAAUGUCUGUGUCAAUCCAUACCACUACGAGAGGGUCGUAUCUCCAGGCAUUGACCUAUCAGGGCUGACCCUUUCAAGUUCAGGUUCACUCACGGUAAAGGAUGAGUAUGACUUUGACAACCAUCACUCAAGCUCUGAAUGCCACCUCCAGUCCCUGUCAAGAGCAUGUCCACAGGAGAUCUUCAGCAGCCCCUCUCUGCUCCCCCCAUCAGAGGGCGGCAGCUCAGUUUCAAUCCCUGCUUUCUCAGCACUCAGUGCAGGACCCUCAAAUUCCACCCCCAAUUGGAACAGAAACAGCAGCUUCACCCCUGCAGGGCCUCCACAUCCGAACGGGCAUCUCCAGCAUCAUCCACCCAUGUCUCACACAGGGCAUUACUGGCCUGUCACCAAUGAAAUUGCGUUCCAGCCCCCAGUAUCCAAUCACCCCUCUCCAGAAUACUGGUGCUCCAUUGCGUACUUUGAGAUGGAUGUCCAAGUUGGAGAGACCUUUAAGGUGCAAUCCACAUGUCCGAUAGUGACUGUGGACGGGUACGUUGAUCCAUCAGGAGGGGACCGCUUCUGCCUGGGUCAGCUGAGCAAUGUCCACAGGACGGAGAACAUAGAGAGAGCCCGGCUCCACAUUGGCAAAGGCAUGCAGCUGGAGUGUAAAGGUGAAGGAGACGUGUGGGUGCGCUGUCUGAGCGACCACGCAGUGUUUGUGCAGAGCUAUUACCUGGACCGAGAGGCGGGACGAGCCCCCGGAGACGCAGUUCACAAGAUCUACCCCAGCGCCCACAUCAAGGUGUUCGACCUGCGUCAGUGCCACAGGCAGAUGCAGCAACAGGCGGCCACGGCUACGGCAGCGUCUGCAGCGCAGGCAGCCGCCGUGUCCGGGAACAUCCCCGGCCCGGGCUCUGUGGGAGGCAUCGCCCCCGCCAUCAGUGAGUGGAUGGGAUACUUUUUCUGA